UCUCUCUAUCUCUCUCUCUCUCUCAAGACGCAGAGCGCAGAGCAGACAUGGAAAAAUCUGAAAGAGCCAAAGAAAGAAAAGAAAAGAGACUCCAAGAAAUCUCCCUCCUCAGAACCAUUCCUUAUUCCGAUCACCAGAGGUGGUGGUCAGCGGAGACCGUUGCGGUGGUGACUGGGGGUAACAGGGGGAUUGGGUUUGAGAUUUCGAAGCAGCUUGCGGCACAAGGGGUGACUGUUGUACUCACAUCCAGAGACCACAGUGUGGGGCUUGAAGCGGCUAAGGUCUUCCAAGAAGGUGGUUUCAAUGUGUUUUGUCAUCAGCUCGAUGUGUUAGACACGGCGUCCAUCACCGAGUUUUGUGACUGGUUGAAACAAAACUAUGGUGGGUUGGAUAUUCUGAUAAAUAAUGCAGCUGUUAAUUUCAAUCAGGGUUUUGAUAAUACUGUUGAGUAUGCAUCUCAGGUUAUUACUACAAAUUAUUAUGGCACCAAAAAUAUGAUUCAAGCAAUGAUCCCCUUGAUGAAACCUUCAGUUGCUGGAGCUCGUAUUGUUAAUGUGAGCUCAAGAUUGGGUAGAAUAAAUGGCAAGCGGAGUAAAAUUGAAGAUGUGUGUUUGAGAGAGAAAUUUAGCAAUUUGGACACAAUCACUGAGGAACUGAUUGAUCAAACAGUUUCCAGUUUUCUACAACAAGUACAAGAUGGCACUUGGGAAUCCGGUGGGUGGCCUAAAACGUUCACUGACUACUCGGUAUCAAAACUUGCAGUCAACACUUACACCAGGCUGAUGGCAAAGAUGCUAUCAGACAGACCAGAAGGCCAGAAAAUUUAUAUCAACUGUUACUGCCCAGGUUGGGUGAAGACUGCUAUGACAGGUUAUGCUGGGAAUAUUUCAGUUGAAGCAGGGGCUGACACUGCAGUUUGGCUUGCCUUGCUUCCAGACCUGGCAGUAACGGGGAAGUUUUUCGCUGAAAGACGUGAGAUAAGCUUCUAAGGUAGUCUGUCUAAAGACUAACAAAGUUUGUGCAACAGUUCAAUUGCUUCAUUACGGACUUCACAUCCGUUACAGCCCUUAUACAAGUGAAGAUUCUAAUGUAAUCGACAUCUUCCGAACUGCAAUAUGCCGUGAGUGAAUACCUUAUGAAUUAUGUUGAAGAAGAGAGCCAGCAACUUACUGUAGAGUGUAGACGGAUAGGUUGGAUGCUAGAACGUAUUUGAUGUCAACAAAGGUUAUGCGACGUGCUUCUGUGUCAUCGGAAAGAUGGGAUUUUUAAAAGCACCAUUUUGUUCCCAAUCGUGUUUAGUUAUUGGGGUUAGGGAUUAAGUUGGGAAGUAUUCACUUAGUGAUUGUUAUGCCACUGUUUAUUUUGUUUGGGUUUUACCUAUCAAUGCAAG